CACUGCCUCUGCCUUUCCUCUUCCAGAUGCUGUCAGGAUCUGAAUCGGUGGACAGAGUGAAACAGCUCUUCUGGUGUAUGCAUGGAAACUGGACAGGGGAUGAAUAGCAGACGGGAAAAAGAGCAAAGUUGGUUAUUUUUCUGGCACAUGGAUGCAAUUACAUGGAGCACAUUCCAGAGGCGUUACUUCGAAUUCUGAGCAGGUCUGUUUGCCAUUCCUGAGUGGGGAGAAGUGAAAAAGAGGAAGAAAAGUCUCUUGCACAGAGACGGAAUGUCUGUACUUUCCAUACUGUUUCUAGCAUCCUGUUCGACAUGGAUGUCCCAAGCGCAAACCGAAUUUAAGAGGGUGGCUGAAGCAAAUGUGACUUUGCCCUGUCACCACCGACUGUACCUCCUGGAGCCAGCAAGCCUGGACAUAGAAUGGCUGCUAAAGAAUUCUGAAGCCGAACCAAAAGUGGUGAUCACAUACGCGGGAGGCAUCAUCUACGAUAACAUGAUCGAAGAACAAAAGGGCCGCGUUUCCUUUGCUUCCACUUACCAGACCGGAGAUGCCUCUUUGGAGAUCUCUCUUCUGCAGCCGAGCGAUGCGGGGCAGUACACGUGCAAAGUUAAGAAUGCCGGGCAGUACGAAUGGCGUCACAUCACACUAAUAGUUCUGGAGAAACCUUCCAAACCCAAGUGCUGGAAAGAAGGAGAGAUGUCCGAGGGAAGAGAACUCACCUUGCAGUGCAAUUCCAUCUCUGGCACCACGCCCAUAAUGUACCUGUGGCAGCGGAUAGACGAGAAGGGGAAAACCGGGUCUCUCCCGCCCACGACACACAUUAACUUUUCCAAUCCUGCACAAAUUUUCAUAAAGAAUCUCACACGGAUGGCCACAGGAUUAUACCAGUGCACUGCCUCCAAUGAAGCAGGGCAGGAGAGUUGUGUUGUAGAAGUCACUGUGCAAUAUGCACAAAAUUUAGGCGUAGUUGCGGGAGCCGCCUGUGGAGUCCUGGGAGGGCUCAAGCUAGUUUUCUUGGCUGUGUGGCUAAUGCUCAAGAGAAAAGAGAAGAAGAAAUAUGAAGAAGAAGAGACUCCAAACGAAAUCAGAGAGGAUGCAGAGGCACCAAAGGCCCGAUUGGUCAAGCCCAGCUCUUCCUCUUCUGGCUCCAGAAGUUCACAUUCUGGUUCCUCCUCAACCAGAUCGACAGCAAACAGUGCCUCCCGCAGCCAACAGACAUUGUCAACAGAGGCUACUUCUCACAUCACUCCGGCUCAGCACAACCAGGUGGAGCUGGAUGGUCGGGAAACUGAGCCAAAGAAAAUGAACCACACCGGUGCAAUGAAAACAGAGGCCACUCCAGCCAUGGUGCCUGCUCAGAGUCGGGCUUUCCAGACGGUUUGAUUGCGCCCCAUCUAUCCAGCUCUAGCUGUGUCCAUAACUCACACAUACCACCAGCAUUUUAAUUAGAUUAGCUUGAUCCACUACACAACAAACCCUCACUCAGUAUUUUCGGCACAUUUCUAUUCUGAGGUACAGAUACAGACUUGAAAAAAUAACUCACAUUGACUUGUUUUUGUAAACUUUUUAUUUUUUGUGAUUCACUCUCAGAAGGAAAAAAAAGGGGAGUAUUGCAUUUAACAGGUGUACCAUGCUGGAACCCUGAACCUCUUUUUAAAGGAAGCACAAAAGGUAUAAUAUUCCAACUGAAGCGUAGGAAAAAGAUCUGUACAGUUCAUGUACACAUGAAUUAGCUUCUCAACUGCAGCACGCUUUCACAGAUGAAGGUAUCUGAUCAACUUCAAAAGACAACUGAGAGAUGUUUUGCUUGUACCCUUUUGCUGCAUUACCAACAGAAAGAAGCUACACCAACAGAACAAAAAGUAAUAAUGUGGAAAAAAACCUGAGAAGCGGCACUGGAUUCUGAAUUGCUCUGUUCACUGGAGGGACCUCCUCUGAACAUGGAAGUGCAUUAAUUUUAGAAGGUAUGUAUGGCUGAAGGAAUACAGACAUUAGUCUACUGUGACCAAGCUCAAUUCUCUUCUUAUUUGUGUAAAUCAGAAACAAUUCCACCAAAUUCAAGGGAAUUAUAUCCUAAUGGAAAAUUAGAACGUGAGAUCACAAUCAAAUCCCAAAUUCCCCUUGCAGGUUUAAAAGGGUGUCUCAAACAGUAACUUAAAGCAAAACAAAACAAAAAUGGCACUUGACUAAUAUUAAAGUCCCUGGAAGAAGUAUGUUUCGCUUCUCUACACUGGAAACAAUGAAAUCCAUUUUUAUGAUUAAUAUUGCCAAAGCUGCUGCUUUGUUUAAAAGUCCAAAUGUUAAAGGCAACACCCAAUGAAAGAAUUUUUACACAAGACAAACAAAACCGUGGAAUCCAAUAGCUGGUUUUAACAUAGAAAAACACAUCCAAAAAUACCACUAGCAUCAUAUUAUUAAAGAAAUAACAGUGUAAUUUAUCUGUAGCUGGUUGUUUUUAAGCAGUUAUGCCGUGGGAAUUAUUUCAUCAUGUUAGCACCAAGACAGUGGAAGAAUCACUAGCCUGAUUCAGUACAAAUACGAUUCCCAAAUGUUUGCUUAAGAUUUAUCAGUUGAUCAUGUAUUGGCAGUAUGUUGGCAGUGACUGUUGGAGGUAAGGAAGGAAAAAUGCUUUCUCAAAGGAAUCCAUUGCUAAGCUUCUUUUCAAGCAAAGAAAAUACACUGAAGGUCUCCUGGGUGAAAUAGUUGAAGAAUGAUCAAAACUGGGCCUUUCAGUGUACCUAAGAGCACAAUUCCGUAUAUGUUGACUUAUAUGUUUAACUGUGUUCAACGGGCUUACUCCUGGUAAGGUUGCUUCAGCAGUUUGUGUUUGUUUCCCCAUUCUCAGCCAAGGAGAUUCCCUUUCCCUUCAUGGAAAUUAAUACCAGUAAUGUGAUUUCUAUUUGCCAUUCUUUAUAGUAUACAUGAAUCAGCAGAUUCUUAACAUGGAGAACGUCAAACACAGGAUUUAUGGACCACUAAGACUUGAUCAUUGCACUGGAUUGAAUUGACCAUACAGAACAUAGCAGGGAGGUCACAGAUUGAGAAUUAACCCAAUCUGUUACCACCAACUAAAUGCUAGAUAAUGUAUAUAGACAUAAGUACAAAACCAGUUAAUUGAAUUACAGAAUAUCCAAAUGGACUGAGAUUUAAGUAGCCUCCACAUGUUUUGAGCCUUCACUUGAUACUAAAUUCACAGGCCCAAACUUGCCAUUCUAAAUGGUGGGGAACAAGCUUUGAAUUCUACUGUUCCAAAGAAUCACAUAUAACAUUGUAAGUGAAUGUCAAGUAUAUUUCACAGAAACUAAGGAGGAAAAAGUGAAUUUUCUAAAUUAAGGUGAAAGAUAAUAUCUCAGAUCACCAUGCAUCUCACUUUCAAAGGGAAUGUUAAGUCUGGUGAUUUCUGAAGUAAACAUGGUACUAAACACUUUUAAAAGGGAAGCAACACUCAUGUUAUGAAAAGCCAAACAUUAUUUUGUAAAAUAUUCUAUUUAAAGCAUUUACUGUUAUCCUGUAUAAAAAUACUAUUUAGUGUUGUUGCAUAAAUCUUCUCUAGUUUUAAUUCUUGAUUGGUAAACUGAGGCUACUUCUCUUCUAAUUGCUAUUAUUUGUGUACUUGUGCUCAGAAUGAGCAAUACAAAGGGAAGCAAAUAUUUAUUAUAGAUUCCUUUGAAUCAACAAUUUAGUAAAACUGUUUUGUUGUCGUUUUUAAAUAAAGAUAUUGCAGUAUAAAUACUGUUCAACCAA